GCCUGUCAUAAUAAGUGGAAUGUCACCACGAACGUGCGAAUUUCAAAAAUAAUUUAAGAGAUUUUUAGACGGAGCCAAUUAAGCUUGUUAUAACAUGGGAGCCAGUAGCAGCCACGAGGAAAUUUCACAGGAAGGGAGUCCAGACUCCCCACCGUACACCAACAGGAGUCGAGUCCUCUCUGUUGACCCACGUUCUCCCACCAACGAUAUCACCCGAACACCUAUAGUGGUGGACAAAACCCCAGAAGGGUUGCUGCAAGACUUGAUGGACCCCAGGUCACCCACGGUGGGCAUUGACAGGACCCCUCUUGCUGCCCCAAAUGGAGGAAAAACCGUACACAGGUUUGACCUUAAUGCACUUGACAACGAACCCACUGAUCAUGUGACCAAGUCAUGUGAUGAAGAUGGUUCCCUGCUUCCAGAACACCACCUUGGAGUGACGGGCAUUGAAGAUCUGUCGCUUGAAGACUUCCCAACCUGCGAGUCCACUAGACUGGUGCCCACUGAGGAGCAGUUGAUAUUAGACAUGACACGUAAUGCAAAACUGAAAAAGAAGAAGCAACAGAAGACAUCGAAGCCCAAAGAGCUCUUCCCCUCAAAGACUUCAUCAUCAGAUUCCAAGAUGGCCGCCAUUCCUGCAAAGCCCUCCAGCCUGCUCAAGGACGUAACAAGGUCGCCUCUGUCAACACGCACAGUCGACAUAAACUCUCCCGCGCACAUCGUUCAGCGUAAGCAGAUAAAAGACGUUGACAAGAAACUGACCUGCGCUCAGGAGAACUCCAUGUCUAAAUUUAUUGUGAGAGAAAAAGAGAACAUGUGAACGGGUAGUUAUUAGGAUAUUGGUUUUCCUGGAGUUUCAUAAAGCCAUGAUUGGGAACUUUCAUCGUUUUAGUUAAUGUCCUCUUUUUUGAUGCCUAAAAUGAUAAAGAAAUAAUAGCUCAUUUUAUCAGAUCUAAAAAAGUGAUAUGCUAAUCCAGAAUAAAUCUUUAAGCCAUAAGUGUGAAAUUACAUGUACGUUGUUUAAGUACAAUUUCUCCUUUUUUAAGCCUAAAUUGCUUGAGAAAUAAAUCUCAAUUUUUGUGGAUGUAUUUAAACUUUUUUUGUUAAACAUUUCAAGGGUGUUUUUCCUCCACAAAGGUUUUGUGACGAAGCUGAUUCCAACAUCCAUUGUUCCUAAGUUGAAACAAAACUGUCUGUGUUUUGGUAAAUAAUAUUUAAUCAAUAAUGUUGACCUAUUUGGACUGUUUGUAAUAACCAGUGUUUUGGAGAUGUCUCAUACAAAGUUUGCAUGUUAACAUUUUUGAGAUUCAAACUAAAAAUUUGAUGAUAAUGUUUUUAAACUAAAAGGUGCAUAAUACAAACAAGAAACAGCAUGCAUUUCAUGUUCAAGAAUAUGCAAGCCAACUCUUGGCUUUAAUUUCAACCAGGAUUUAAAAAAAAUUAUAUUCAAUAUUGAGACACUUUUCGACAGUUUUAAUAAAUAGCCUGCAAACAGCAUGCAACACAACAUGUGGUUGUUUUUAUUUCCUUUGCCACCAACAUUCUUUAUGGUGAAAUGACUUCAUUCACUUUUACUAAAUUGGUAUAUGUUUGCUGGAUAGAAGCUUUAAAUGUUAUUGUAUUGUUUAAUAUGUAGCAAGUGUAACCGUUUAACCCUUUACCAUUUAGAUAUGUAUUUUAACGCAUUUAAAGUCGCUUAAUAGAAAGUUAAAUUAAAUUAAUACCUUUCUUUCUAAAUUCAAGUUUUAAAGGCUUAAUUUCCAACCCUUAGAUACUGAUGAGCAGCAAACGCCAUAAAACCUGAAAAGACUGAGAGUUACUCGUUGGCUGUUCUGGUUUUAUGCUGGUUUCAAAAGCCAUUUUCAUAUGCUUCUUAUGGUGGAAAGGGUUAAUUCAUACAUGUAUCUGCAGGAUUUUUGUAACUUCUCAUUCUUGUAAAUAGUUUGUAGUAGUGUUGUCAGAAUAUAAAUUGUUAAUGCACAUGUUCAUAUGAUAAUACAAUGUUUUUAUAUAACCUACCUAUUAACAGGACAUGUUAUCAAUGGCUUGUAAAUUAUAUUAUACCCAUUUAUGCCUAGCGUCUAGAAAAAAGGCCUUGGCAAACAGCGUAGACCCAGAUGAGACGCCGCAUGAUGGGGCGUCUCAUCAGGGUCUGCGCUGUUUGCUUAAACGAAUUUCUGUAAGAAAUAUUCUAAAUAUAGAAAUAAAUAUACUAGACAUCCCUAAUUUUUGAAAUAAAUUGAUCCAAUUUAAAAGGAUGGGAGAGUCUACAAGGCAUAAAUGGGUUAAACUGUACACUUGUGAGUGAUGCCAAUUUGUUUGAAGAUUUCCGACAAAAUUGUUUAGCUACAUUCAUUGCUCCAGCUUUACCUUAACAGAAGGGCUCAGCACUCUUCUGUACCGAGGUUCCUUCCUGCCCCCUUGGGCUCUCACGAUGUCCUUUUUGUUAUCUGAUUGCAUUAUCAUGCAAUUUUAUUUGAAGUUCAAUAAAUUGAUUAUAUUUCCACAGCAGAACUUUUUUAUGUAUAUAGAAAUAAUUUUUAAAAUAUAAAUACAUGUGAUAUGAAAUAUAUACUUCUACAACACUUUCUAUAUUGAAAAUAUGCCUUAGGGAUAAUAUGAAGGCCUGUCCUUAACUUCCCAUUUGACAAAGCAUCACCCUAUCCUUUUUAAAUCCCACCAGAAGCAAUUGCUACAUAAGUACAGUAUUUGUUCAAUAUUUAUUUUUCUUCCUCAAUUUUACAUAAAUGCUGAAUGUUUUGGAUUGAUCUAAAUGAACUGAAUACCUUUUCAAGUCUUGAUGGUUAUUGUUUAAGUCAUUUGUUCUCCUUAUCAUAAAUAUAAUUAUUUGUGAAUGCUCUACUCUAGACUUGUAUUUGUUCACAGAUUAUUCUUUUGUUGGAAAUGUGCAUUUAUGUACUUGGUAAAUACAUUUUUAAAAGUGUGUGACAUUCAAGAACUUUGGAACUUGAAUUAAAUUAUAAAAAAAUUAAACGCAUCUGCACCUCAAAACUGCUGAAUCAAAUGUCAAACACACUAUAUGCAACAACUCUCGUGUCCACAUAGUGGAUACACCUGUUCCUGAUUUAUUUUUACUUAAACAUGUGACAUUUUUACUUAACAGAUUAUUAUUAUCCUUCCAUCUCUUUAGGGGGCGUAUUCAAAAAUCCUUAUCAGAGUUGAGGGCGUGUGGCUUUUCUUUGUUUAAGUCGUACAGUUCUCAUGGAAUCUUCACCAAACAUCUGGACUAUUUUUUUACAUAAAAUUGAGGCUAAGUUCGAGAACCAGCUAAUUCCCACCUGGCACUUAAGACAUAUUUGCCUUUAUUUAAAAAUGACAAAUUUGCAGUUUCUGCUCAUAAACUCAUUAAGUUUUAAUUGAGUAUUUUGCUGUUUUCUGAUUAAUGCUUUUUGACUGGUACAGUUUUCAUUGUAACUUCUUGAAACUUUCUGCAAAUUUGUGUUGACAUAAAAUAGAUGCAAACUUCAAUAACCAGUCAACUAGGUCCCGGCACUUUUGGGUUAUUGUCCUUUUCUUUUUAACAAAGACGCACCUUUCCCUGUUUAAUGUCUCUAAACUCAUUUACUUUCACAGAAUCUUCACGUAUCUUCCAACAUAUGAAAUUCUUUUUUUACCACUGGCAUAUACUUCUUUCCAUGACAGUGUUUAACUUGAAGAAAGUUAUGCACUUUUUUACUAAAUACUACUCUAUAAAGUUUCAUUAUUAUACUGUACUAAAUCAACUUCAUUAGUAGAAAAUGCACCAGAUUAUUGUAUUGUUAUUUUUGGUUGCAUCUAAACAUAUGAAAACAGGCCUUUUUAAAAGAUUAGCACAACAAGCAAAUAUUUUGAUGUGUAGAAACUAAUAUUUUGAAUUAAAAAGUGUACAAAACACUGUUGUGUGUAGUGUGUAUGCCCUAUAAGAACUCGUAAUGUGAAAAAUGUAUGUAGAAGUUUUGAUGUACGAUACUUAAUUCUGUGCAGCACUUUUAUUAUUUGAUAUUAAUCUUUGUAUGUAAACAGUGUUAUCAUAUGUAUUUAUAGAUGAUCGUGUGUUAUGCAAGUUGACAUUGUGAACCAUAAAAGUUUUUAAAAUAUG